AUGUCCAAACGGAAGCAGGUCGCCUACAUAAAACCGAGGGAGCCCUCCUUCUUGGCCAAAUUAAAGGCAGAAAUCGGAUACCGCGACGAGGGGCCCACCGUUGACACAAAGAGAGAGCGUUUACCUCAUGACAACGCUGAUGAUAUAGAGGAUAGAGAAGAGGACCAGCCAACUGUCGUCGUUCUUAAACCUGGGGAUUUAACAGCUGAAGAAGCCUCUGCUGCGGCUGCUCAGAAGAAGAAAGAGGAGGAAGAGGCUCCAGCUGACCUGAGCAAAGGCAUCAAGUUUCGAAAACCUGUCAAAGCUUCCGGAGCAGAGGCAACUACAGAUGAGCCUCCCAAAAAAAUGAAGAAAAAAGCCAAGAGCAACGUCAAACUCUUGUCUUUCGACGAAGACGAAGAUGACGAGGAAUAA